AUGGACGAUUUUAACGACGAAUUAUUUCCAUUGGCUUUAUUAAUGGAUGAAUUAAAGCAUGAUGAUGUAUCUAAUAGAGUUGAUGCAAUGCAAAAAUUAGAUACAAUUGCUAUUGCUUUAGGACCUGAAAGAACUCUUAAAGAAUUAUUACCAUUUUUAAAAGAUGUUGCUCAAGAUGAUGAAGAAGAAGUAUUUGCUGUAUUAGCUUCUAAAUUAGGAGAUUUUAUUCCUUUAAUUGGUGGUCAUCAAUAUUGUGAACCUUUAAUUCAAAUUUUAACUAUAUUAGCAUCAAUGGAAGAACCUAUUGUUAGAGAUAAAGCUAUUGAUUCAUUAAAUAAAAUUAGUUUAGAAUUAACCGUUGAAGAAUUAAAUAAUAUUUUUCUUAGUUUAAUUCAAAGUUUAAGUACUGGUGAUUGGUUUUCCAAAAAAAUUGCUAGUUGUGGAUUAUAUAAAGCAGUUAUAAUAAAGGUUAAUUCAUCAAUUAGAAAAGAAUUAUUAAAUUUAUAUUUAAAAUUAGUUUGUGAUGAAUAUCCAAUGGUUAGAAGAUCAGCUGCUAGUAAUUUACCAACUUUAAUUGAUUUAUUAACUGAAUUUACUGAAAUUAAACCAAAUGAUGCUAAUAAAGUUAAUAAUGAAGAUUGGGAUAUUAUUUCUAAAAUGUUUCAACAUUUAAUUAAUGAUGAUCAAGAUUCAGUUAAAUUAUUAUCAAUUGAUGUAUUAAUUUCUAUAUUGGAAUUUUUUCAAAAGAUUAAUGAACAAUCUUUUAAUUCUGAAUUUUUAUCAUCAUCUUUAAAAUUAAUAAAGGAUGAAAGUUGGAGAGUUAGAUAUGCUGCAGCAGAAAGAUUUACAAGUAUUGCCAAAAAUUUUGUUAAUAAUGAAAGUGAUUUAUUUCAAUUAAUUGAUCCAUUUAUUAAUUUAAUGAAAGAUAAUGAAGGAGAAGUUAGAAAGGCAAUUGCAAAACAAUUACCAUCAUUUUCACAAUUAUUAACUAAAUAUCCUUCAACAAAAGCAACUAUUUUAAAUAAAAUUAUUCCUGUAGUUAAUAAUUUAUCCCAAGAUUCUCAAGAAAGUGUUAGAGCUUCAUUAGCUUCAACAAUAACUGAUUUAUCACCAAUUUUAGAAAAACAAUCAACCAUUGAGAAAUUAUUACCAAUUUUCUUAGUCAUGUUAAAGGAUGAAUUCCCAGAUGUGAGAUUAAAUAUUAUAUCUAAUUUAUCAGUAGUUAAUGAAACUAUUGGUAUUAAUCUUUUAUCAACAAAUUUAUUACCAGCUAUAACAGAAUUAGCUCAAGAUCAUAAAUGGAGAGUAAGAUUAGCUAUAAUUGAAUAUAUUCCAAAAUUAGCUAAACAAUUAGGUGAACCAUUUUUUAAUGAUGAAUUAUUAUCACUUUGUAUGUCAUGGUUAUGGGAUCCAGUAUUUGCUAUUAGAGAUGCUGCCGUUAAUAAUUCUAAAGAAUUAACUAUUAUAUUUGGAUCUCAAUGGGCAGAACAUGAAAUUAUAAAUCGAUUAUUAAAUGAAUCAUCAACUAAUGAUGAUAAUAAUAAUCUUAAUAAUAUUGAUUAUUCAAAUUUUAUUAUUAGAAUUACCUGUUUAUUUACCAUUACCAGAUUAAUUCCAGUUAUUGAUUAUUCAAUAAUCAGUAAGAAAGUAUUACCAUUCAUUAAUAAUUUAAUUGUAGAUGCUGUUCCAAAUAUUCGAUUUAAUGUAGCCAAAUCUUAUUUUGUUGCAGCAGAAACUUUAAUUAAAAACAGAAGAAAGUUUGGCAUAAGUGAUGAAGAUUUAAAUAAAGUUAUUAAUUUGGAAAUUUUAUCGAAUUUAGAAAAAUUACAAAAUGAUGAAGAUGUUGAUGUUAGAUACUUUGCUAGUAAAAGUAUUCAAGGUAUUAAUGAAUUACUAGCUUAAUGUUAAUGUUAAUACUUUAAUCCCCUAAUUUCAUAUCAUCCUUUUCAUUAAUGUCUAAAACCAUAUCAUUUUCUCAUAUUAUAUUCAUACUAUUCGUUCAUUUCAUAAGGUUAAGUAUAUAUACCUAUAUACUAUUCUUUCAUUUUUAUUUUUAUACUUUGUACUUUCUUGUUUGUUUUUACUAGUUUGAUUAUUGAAUAUUAGUUUUUAUAUACGUAUUUAUAAUUAAUU